ACAUUUUCAUCCCAUGGCCGUCUCUAGGUGAUUUAGCGCCGCCAGUCUCAAGCAGGUGUCCAACAUGGCGAUCACGGGGAGCGGAUCUCUCGCUAUUUCUUUCUCUGUUUUCGUAAUUUCAGCAGCGUUUCUCCCGAAAGGAGCUGCUGAAACUGUGACAGUCGAAGGUCAGAACCUGGCAGCCGACAACGUGUCGGUGAUUGAGGGAGAAACGGCCACCAUCAGCUGCAGAGUGAAGAACAACGACGACUCCGUCAUCCAGCUGCUCAACCCCAACAGACAGACCAUCUACUUCAAAGAUGUUAGACCUCUCAAGGACAGCCGGUUCCAGCUGGUGAAUUUCUCUGACAACGAACUGCGGGUGUCUCUGUCCAAUGUGUCACUCAGCGAUGAGGGACGCUAUGUGUGCCAGCUCUACACAGAUCCUCCUCAGGAAGCCUACGCAGACAUCACUGUCCUGGUCCCGCCAGGCAGCCCAAUCAUCGAGAGCCGCGAAGAUGUGGUCAGCGAGGGGAACGAGACGGAGCUCACCUGCACAGCCAUGGGCAGCAAGCCAGCCGCCUCCAUCAGAUGGAUGAAAGGGGAGGAGGAACUGACAGGUGAGACAACGGUUGAAGAGAUCGAUGAGAGGCUGUUUGCUGUCACCAGUCGGGUGAGAUUUUCUGUCACCAAAGAGGAUGAUGGAGUGUCAGUGGACUGCAUCAUUGACCACCCAGCUGUAAAGGACCUCCUGGCUCAAAGACACUUGGAAGUGCUGUAUAAACCAGAAGUGAAGAUCGUGGUGACAUAUCCCGAAGGUUUAACCAGAGAAGGUGACAAUCUAGAUUUGUCAUGUAUCGCCGAAGGAAAACCACAUCCCCAUCAGAUCAACUGGAUGAGAGUAGAAGAGGAUGUGCCGCCUCACGCCGUGGUCACCGGCUCUGAUCUCUACAUUGAGAACCUCAACAAGUCCUACAACGGCACCUAUCGCUGUGUGGCGUCUAAUGCAGUGGGGGAGGCCUACGACGACUACAUCCUCUAUGUAUAUGAUGCUCCCACUACUAUCCCCACACCCACCACCAACCCAGUCAACACGCAAGACUCCAGAGCCGGCGAGGGGGCACCGCAGAAAAUUGACCAUGCUGUCAUCGGAGGAGUGGUUGCCGUGGUGAUGUUUGCCAUCCUCUGUGCACUCAUUGUUCUUGGUCGAUACUUUGCCAGACACAAAGGAACUUACUUCACACAUGAAGCCAAAGGGGCGGACGACGCAGCCGACGCCGACACGGCCAUCAUCAACGCCGAGGGGGGACACAACAACACAGAUGAGAAGAAGGAGUAUUAUAUCUAAACUGGACAGGCCAGGAGAGACGGGUGGGGAUGCUGGUGGUGGUGGUGGCACUGUAGGAGCAUUAUGUCUAACUCUGAUUGGGCAGGGAGAAGAGAAGGAAAAUGUGGAACGUAGGACUGGCGUGGCCAAGUAGUAUGACGAGGCGCUGCUGAGUCUCCUAUCCGACCCUUCCUGGACUGCUGGGGCCUAUUCUGUACAGUUCAAUUAUUUUACAGACAAUUUUGUGCCUUGUUCUAUUUCUUUUGUUUGUUUUGUUGUUUUACCUUCACAUGCUUGUCGGAUUGGAUUUUAUGUUUUAUCUUUUUACCCCAUGUACUUCACUACAUCCUUUGUUGCAUUUGGCUUUCAGAGGAGAUGAAAUGGUUCUGGUGUUUUGUCUAUGUGUGCUGCAGCUAGCUUUUAGCUCAUGUACCCAGAUCUAAGAAACCAGCUCAUCCACACCUUUUUAUUAAAUUUUUUUGGGGGGAGUAAUCUAUAGAGUUCAGUAGCUGGAACACGGUAUCAACACAUUUCUCUCCACAGGGUCGCCCAGCCUCUUCAAGGUCAGGUUCACUGUGUUGAUUACUUAUGUAACAGUUGUGAGUAAUUAUUCAUCAUAGAAUGUAUUUGUUUAUGAAAGUGAAGUAGGAGUGCCGUCCCGAAUCAUUUCACACCCAAUCGCAAAGUAUGACGCAGCUGAUCUCUCAGUUGCUUCAAGAUCUGAUAAUUAGUACAUGUGAGCUCAGUUUAGUAUUUGUGUAGGCUAUUGUGGUGCACAGUCUAAGACAUCUUGACAGCUGUCAUGUGUCAUGAUGUGGAGUUAAGGUUUCUAGAGAGAAAAAAAUCUGAGCUUUUAAUUCUUUUCAAGGCCUGUAUCAGGAUUUUCUGACAGAUAGCAUAGAGAGAAUUGCUAGGACUUUGGUGAUAAUGAUGCCACUGUCAUGCCUGUAUGAUAAAUAUGAAGCUACAGCCAGCAGCCGGUUAGCUUAGCUUAGCAUAAAGACUGAAAACGGACACUCAGCUAGUCUGAGCUUUACUGGCGCUUGUUAUUUUUGGACAGAAUCAGCCGAGCUGUUUCCCGAACGUUUAAUCAUUACAGGCCCAGAAGACACCCUGUCUGUUGACAGGCAUUAAGCUGAUUGUAGGGUCAGACUUUACUUUUACUCCUCUGCCCUGUAAUACCCCAAAAAACAAGAGGUCUUGAUAAAAUCUCAUUAAAAUCUAUUAUUUUUUAGCUAUCAGUACAGCUUGCUGCGUGUGCUUUUGGUUCGAACAUGAAACUUUUCACAUUUUCAUGCCAUCCACAUGGUCAACCCUGGACCAAAUACAAUAAUUAUGCGAGUGUGUGUAUAUAUACAGCAAAUAUUACUUGUGUGCAGCAAAGGCUGAAAGUCCAUAUCGCAGAAGAGCUCCUCUCGAAAUAAUUGACUUUUUAUCUGAUAGUACAGUAUACUGACCAUUUAACUGGGAAAUAUUACAAGGACUUCAUUUUAUUCAUUUUUCAAGGUUUUCUCUUUUUAUUUGAUUGUGCUGUGUCAAAGGGAGGGAAGAAAGAAUGUUACACUUUCAAUGUUUCCUUUCAGUGAUGUAUAAGGUAUCAAGGCAAGUCUGUGUGAAUACCCAUAGCAAGUUUUUUUGAAAAAAAAAGAAAAAAAGAAUUCACAGCUUAUUUCCUGCCUUAGAAAUCCUUGCUACACAGACUUUUUUUGCCCUUGCCCAUACACAAGUUAAAAAAAAAGAAGAAAAAAGUGUUCAAUCAUUGCAAACAUGAAUCAGUUAUAUUUCCUUGCCGUCUGUAAAAGACAUUUUACCUUUGGGCUGUCUUUGAUAACUUGUAAGGGGCUCUUGACUGUACAACUUAUCAAAGAUUUGCGUAUAGCUUUAGACUCGGUUUGGGGAAGAUCAUUUUCUUACUGUCAUCCUGCAGCCUCAAACCUUCACAGAGGAGCUGUCUACUGCUACAAAAUUCUCUCUUUUUGUACACAAACACGAGUCAGCAGUGUGCAACACCAUGCAUGCUUCAUGCCUCUGACUCUGUCACAGCUAGACGAGUAAAAAAAAAAACCCCACCUGUUUGGUAAUUAGCAAGUGAUUUCAUUGUAUUGCCUGAAAAAGAAGAAAAAAAUCUGUAAAUGUUACUAUGAAAAAGGAUAACCACUGCCUUAAACCCACCUCUUGAUACUUAUCAUUAUAAAGGAAAAGACUGAAGGACUUAAUUUAGUGCCUUCUUCUUCUGAUUUUGAGGCAUAUGGUUAGUAUCGUACAGUAUCCUCAUGUACACUCUUACAGUAUAUCUUGUAUAUAUCCGUCCUUUCUAACUUACAGGGCCAAUACUCAUCUAAGUUGUCUGCGUUCAUGCACCUUAGACUCACAUCACGAUUACGACCUGCAGCGUAAAAAGCUGAAAUGUUGUUUAAAAAACGGUAUUUCUUUAUUUAUCGGGGUGGUGUGGCAGCUUCCGCUGACUAGAAUGUCAUAUGCCAGGAUGAAAUACUUUUUGUCUUAAUUAACAACCACAAAAACAAACAAACAAAAAAAACAACACAAUUUGACCAUAAUCAUAUUCUCAGUUUCACUUCAUUUGUUAUUUAUUUGGAUCUUUUCAAGGACAAGGCUCACUAGUAUUAUCAGAGAGGAAUACAGUACUAAAAGCUCUAAUAAGCUAUGAUAAAAGUAAUUUUUUUUUCUGGUUUGUAGAGUUUCAGUGUCAUGGAAACAGUUAUGUGCAUGACAAAUUUUAUUCCGGAGUUUGAUAUUUAUCUUAAAUGGCGACUGCUGCUUUUAAUGGAGGAACAUUAAAAGAUUGCCAGAAGCAUCAUUCGAAUUCAAUUUAUUGAUUUGUUUUUGAAAUACUUGAUAUUUAGUAUGUUUGUUUUCACUCUCUCAGGUUCAUGAGUGUUAAUAGUUGUGUUUUUUUUUUUUUGCAUCUCAGGUAGAAUGCAAAUCUAAGGCCCCAAGUAUAUACUGUAGUACCACAGCUAUUCGAGAAAUAAAGAAACCACAAGGUGUACAUGUUUUUCUCAGUUGUACAUGUUUAUGUGUUCUUAAAUAUGGUGCACUGUUACAGUAAACGUUAAAUAUUAUUUUGCAUAGACCUAGUUCACAAAGAAAGAAAAACUAGAUUUGUUAAGCAGACAAAAAACGAUGUACAGUCAGUGUCAACAAAAUCACAAUGAUGUUCAUGGAACUUCUGCUUCUUCUUCCACUGUAACACUUUGCUCAUACAGUAUCGAUUAUUUAGUAAUUAUAGGAUGUGACCACAGACAGUCAAUCAAGCAUCUGUUUGCAUUCAGUCGCCUCAUGCAUAACUUUUCAUAGAUGAAGAUAGUGUAUUUACUGUGACAUGAAGUUUUAUGAAUGACUUGUAACGUCUUGGAUAUUUGGAUGAAAACUCAUGUUUAAAAACCUGGGGAGGGAGGGAGGGAGGUUUGGAGGGGUUUGUUGGUUUAUAACCCCAAAUUUGUUGUUUUUUUCGUUGUUAAAUCUUAAAUUUCUCUGUUCCCAGGUGACUUUUUUUUUCUUUUGUGUAGUGAAGAGGAUGUUUCUCAUAUGACCAUGCAUAUUUUGUAUUGGUUCACACCAACAUUUUUACAAAAGAAAAAAAAAAUCUGAAGAGUACUUGUCUUAAUAAAAAAGAUAUCAAUGUUUAAAAGUGC